UUGGUAAAAAGACGAGAUGAGGAGAGUACUGGAGCUCACAAUUGCAGAUUGCUGGAUAUACCCCCUCCUCGUAUUCGAGAGAUUAGAUCGGGAGUUUUAGAGAGAAUUCCCCGCUGGAUGGGUGAUCUCUGUCUCGCAUGGGGAUCAGAAUGGGCAGUGUUUCAUUCGCGCGCCACGAUGAUAUACAAGUCAGCCAUGAUAUGUGAAGAGACGGUUCUCCAGUUCAGGAGGGGCGCAUGAUCACGAGCAGGAGGCAUUUAUGGAAGUGCUGAAGAGUGUGAGUGAAAAGUGAAACUAAAAGAGAGGCUAAAACGGGGGGGAAUCCGGUGAGAAUUGCGCGAUACUGUGAAACUCUCGCAGUUUGACGGCAUCAGUGAUCGAGGUAUGGAAUCGUUUUAAGCAGUUUUUCAUUCUCUCCAAGUAUAUUGUGAGAUCACUUCCAAAUAGAAAAAUAUUAUUUUGUGGGUAUCUCCCAUUUUUUUUUCUCUGGUUGGAAAUGGCAUUGCCAUACGAUCACCGGACACGAUCUUGAGAAAGUAAAAAGUAUAUAGAAGAUCGCAGUUGAUCCAAUAUUUGAAAACACCCACAAGUGAUCACGCGGUGAAUUGGGACAAAGUGAAGAGUUUGAUGGUGUGUCCGAGAGAGAAUAAAUAGCAACGGUGAUCUUGGUAAUUUCCCUGACACGUUGCAGAAUGAGCGGCAAACUAUCGUCGUCAAAUGAUUCAACCGCAAUCGCCGAUGCAAUGAGUAAAACUAAUGCCAGUGGAAGUGGCUCUAAAGUCAAUCCUGACGUCAUCCUCGUGACUCUGGUGCCCGAGAAGAAAGGACUGUUCCUCAAACAUUCAGAAUAUGAGAUCUCCUCCCGCAACUACAAAUGCAGCGUUGCGAGACGCUAUAAUGAUUUCGUGAAUUUGCAUAAUUUGCUAGUUACGAGAUUUCCUUAUCGAAUGAUUCCGCGAUUACCGCCAAAACAGCUAAUGCUGGAUUCUCUGCUAGAAGAACGCCGGCGUGGCCUUCAGAGAUGGCUAAAGAUUGUCUCAAGACAUCCUGUGAUUGGAACUGGAUCACUCUUGAGGAACUUCCUAACUGACACCAGUGCUGAACAUCAGGAUCAUCUAAGAGAACUGUUUAACAGCGAACCCGAUGAAUUUUCUACUCUCAGUGAAGAAGUUGAGUUACCACUUGAGGAUCAGGGAAGAUUAGCUUCCAACAGGGAGAUUAUGAGAACCAUGCUCAAUGCCGUUACACGUCUUAAGAAAUUCGUGGAUCAACAGGUGGCCAGGAGUUCCAGUCAAGCUAAAGAUAUGGAAGAUAUCUCGUCAAUUCUAAAGUUCCUGGGCUCUAGUGACAGAGUUUUUGCCUUCGAUACCUUCGCAGACAUGACCAAGGGAUUCCAUGAAGUGGCUAAGAUUACAGAAAAUUCUGCCAUGACUCUGGAGAGUGCAAUAAGUGAGCGCUUCAAUAUGCUCCUGGAUGUCCUCACGGCCCACAGUGAUCUGUGUGAUCGUGUAGAAAAGGGCAUUGUCACUGAGCACCAGCGAGCCCUUACGAAAAUGCUCACACUCAACAAGCAGAAGAUGAAGGGAGUAAUUCGGGGAACGGCUGCGGACAAUGUAGCGGCUCUGCAUGAGAAGGAAAUUGCCCAGACUGGAGUUGUGGGUACCCUUGGUCGGCGCAGUGCAUUUAGCCUUCAGUGUGUCUUACAAGAAACUUCCCUGGCACAAGAAUACCUCCAAGCUCUUCCCUCUAUCAUCCUGGCCUUUUGCAAUGAGCAAAAUCAGUGCAAUACCCACUCCGCCGACACUUGGAAGGAGAUUCUCAAUGCCGAAGCCAAGAGACUCAGUCAGUAAUCCCCUUGAAAUUUUUAUAAAUUUAUUGUGGUAUAAUUCUGUACAAAAAAAAUACAAUUUUGUUAUUGUUUUCUGGAUUAAAGAGAUCAUUUGCUCAAAAUUGAGACUAUUUCUCUGAAA